GAUCUGUUAUUCCGGAUGAGACGGAUCCGGUAUAUUUCCGUUUGCAUACGGUUUGCCGGAUCCGGACCCUCAUGGAUGGCAGUAGCGCACAUCCAUGUCUGUGAAAGUCUAUGGAAGGUCGGAAGUCAGCCAUGCCAUAAUAAGCCUACUGCAGGAACACCCCUUUAAGUGGUGUAAGGGGGUUAUCUAAAGCAACAUUCAGACCCCACUCCAGUAUAUCAGACUGUGUCAGGUCCGUAUAUCAGCGCAUGGAAGUCCAUACCAUUAGAUUUCACAACUAAAAUUCAACGCUACACUACGUGGACAUUAGGAACUAGAACUCCCAGACGCCUCUGUUCUUCGCGCAUGCGCACUGCCCACCGAUAACUGACAGGUGUCCUCAGCCAGUCGCCACAUGACAGGAAUCCAGCAGCGGCCUAUCAACUUCUGGAAAAGAGGAAGCAGUUUCCAUGGUACCGCGGGAGGUUCGGCCCGCUAACCAAUCACAGGCAGAGUUCUAAUGACUGACAGGGAUUCCACGAAUCAGAGCUCGUCAAGCUCUAAAGACUACCGCCCCCUUUUCCUGACACUUGUUUUUUACCCCUAACCGGGCCGCACGUCACACUUUGACUGACAUAUCAUUCCACCAAUCAAAUCGCGUUCUGCUUCGCCUUCGUUGACGACAAGAAAAAAAGAGGGAGGGACGGUAGCAACAGUUGCCCGGGUGAGGGACGGAGCGGCCAUAGCCACGGUAGUCGUGGCGACAAGAACCCCGGCAACGGGAAUCAACAACAACAACCGCUCCCGGCAUCCAGGGUCCGGUUACCUCACCGCAUUUUCGGUGUAUCCGUUACCAGCAGGGUGGGGUCGCUCUUAUUUUCCCACCGGGUACUCCCCGGGAUCCAGGACUGGAGAGAAGCGGGAAACGCCCGAUAAGUUAUCUGAGACAGCGCAGCGACAGAGAUACAGUCGCUAGGGAACGGGACUCUCAGUCACAAUGGCUACCCAGGCCUACGUGACAGAACUCCAGGCGACUCCACCUCCGUCAGGGCAGAGCGCCUCCCAGCAGUACGUGGCGGAGCUGCAGGUGACUCCGCCGGCACCCACUUCUCAGUCGGCCGGUCCUCAGACGCCGGCCCCGCAGCAGUACAUAGUAGUGACUGUAUCUGAAGGCACCAUGAGAGGCAGCGAUGGCGAGCUGAGUCCCGGAGGGUCGUCCACCACUCAGACCGGGGUGCCCACGCAGGUUGUGCAACAAGUGCAAGCGGCUCAGCAGCGCCUGGUGGUGCAGAGUGCUCCAAAGGCGGCUCAGGUCUCCCUGGCAGUACACACAGUGCAGCAGGCGGCACACUCGCCACCAGAGAGUGAGAGUGCCGUCCUGAAGACCUCCCAGAGUCAGCCCCUGCAGGUGCACGGCACCCCCCAAGAGCGCUCAGUUGUGCAGGCAACUCCUCAACCUCAGAAGUCUUCUCCUGUCCAUCAGCUGAAUGUCCAGGGUCUGCAGCACGUCCAGGGGACUUCAGAGGUGCAGCAGUUACCACCGGUUUCUGUACAACAUGUAUAUCCCGGGCAAGUUCAGUAUGUGGAAGGAGAAGAUGCCACCUAUACGGCCAGCACCAUACGCUCGGGAUCCUUCCCCUAUUCAGAGACUCCUCUAUACAGCCAAGCCACAGGAUCCACUUACUAUGAUUCUCAGAGUGCCACGGGCCAGGUCAGCUCCCCAACAUCAUCCCCUGCUAUGGCCAGCAGUCCUUCAAUCCCCAUGUAUGUAUCUGGAGGACAGAUCCUUUCCAGCACCACUCCGCCUGGGUCUUCUGGAGGAGCUGGAGCCAGCGGAGGGUCAGGAUCCGGGACCUAUGUUAUACAGGGUGGAUUUAUCAUGGGAAAUGCCCCUCAGUCCUAUUCUCACACCACACGUGCCUCCCCUGCUACGGUGCAAUGGCUUCUGGACAACUACGAGACAGCAGAAGGGGUGAGUCUCCCACGUAGCACCCUGUACUGCCACUACCUGCUGCACUGUCAGGAUCAGAAGCUGGAGCCGGUGAAUGCCGCAUCAUUUGGGAAGCUCAUCCGCUCAGUCUUUAUGGGGCUCCGCACCCGUCGGUUGGGGACCAGAGGGAACUCCAAGUAUCACUAUUAUGGUCUCCGAAUUAAAGCCAGCUCCCCCCUCCUGCGCCUCAUGGAGGAUCAGCAGCACCUCGCCAUGCGACAGCAGCCCUUCUCCCAGAAACAAAGGAUGAAGCCCAUCCAGAAGAUGGAGGGAAUGAGUAACGGAGUGGGGGGAACCCAGCAGGCGGCCUCCGGCCUCUCUGACAUCAGCUCCCAGGUUCAGCAGUACCAGCAGUUCCUGGAUGCCUCUCGGACACUUCCAGAGUUUGGUGACAUAGACCUGCAGGGAAAGUCACUUCCAGAUGGCAUAACUUUGGCCAAUAUCAAGGCCUUUCAGCUUCUCUACCGUGAGCAUUGUGAGGCUAUAGUGGACGUGGUGGUGAAUCUUCAGUUUACCUUGGUGGAGACGCUCUGGAAAACCUUCUGGAGGUUCAACCAGGCUCAGCACAGCGACAACACAGUAGAUGAUGAAGCAGAGAAGCGUUUGCCUAAGGACAGCCUAGUUCUCCUAUCUAAGUAUGAGCCCCUACUGAAAUGGUGCCGGGACUGUGAUCAUCAGCUGUACCAGGGGCUUGUGGAGACGCUUAUCCCAGAUGUGCUUCGCCCUAUACCCAGUGCUUUGACACAAGCCAUUCGUAACUUUGCCAAGAGUCUGGAGAGUUGGUUAACAAGUGCAAUGAUGAAUAUCCCAGAGGAGAUGGUGAGAGUGAAGGUUGGUGCAGCAAGUGCCUUUGCCCAGACUUUACGCCGCUAUACAUCACUAAAUCACCUGGCUCAGGCAGCUCGGGCCGUGCUGCAGAAUACCGCCCAGAUCAACCAGAUGCUCAGUGACCUCAACCGGGUAGAUUUCACCAAUGUACAGGAGCAGGCCUCGUGGGUGUGCCGCUGUGCUGACCGGGUGGUCCAGCGUCUGGAGCAGGACUUCAAGUUGACCCUUCAGCAGCAGAGCUCCCUGGAGCAGUGGGCAGUGUGGCUGGACGGGGUUGUCUCCCAGGCGCUGAAGCCUUACCAGGGCAAUCCUGGAUUUCCGAAAGCAGCAAAAUUGUUCCUACUAAAGUGGUCCUUCUACAGCUCCAUGGUGAUUAGGGACCUCACCCUGCGCAGUGCUGCCAGCUUUGGUUCCUUCCAUCUGAUAAGACUCCUUUACGAUGAGUACAUGUACUACUUAAUAGAGCAUCGUGUGGCUCAGGCCCGUGGAGAGACUCCUAUAGCUGUCAUGGGAGAGUUUGCCAAUGCUGGGAGCUCAUCACACUCUAUGGAUCAAGACAAGGAUGAAGAAGAGGAGGAGGAGGAAGAGAGUGACGAGGAUAUAACCCAUGAGCUGCCCCUCACUGACGCCUCCAACGCCCUAGGAUCUGAUUCUCUCGAACCGCCCAGCAAGUUAGCUCGGACCGACGACGAGGGGAUCUUUGUUCAAGUCGUCCCCAACACCUAAUUGGACUGGCCAAAGAUGCUCCAAAACCCUGGCAUGGCAGCGUGGAUGGGACAGAAUUUGGGGACACCCAUGUGGGUGCCCCAAAAAUGCACUAGAUACCAGAUCCAUAAAAACACGGAAAGAGGCUCUUGUGUGAGUCUGUGGCUGUGUUACACUGUAUGUAUAUUGUACAUAGAUCCAUACACAGCCACAGAAGCACAGGGUAGCGGGUUGUGUAUGUACGUGUCUACAUAUACGUCAUCCUAUAUACAAUGCUGUACUGAUUGUGAAUAUCGCGUGUGUGUCUAUAUGUAUAUACAUAUUCUAUCUAUACAGAGGCCUACUAAACUUAUAUCAUUUGAAAGCGAGAGACCCUACAGGGCCAGUCGGCUAAUUCUCAGUGCCAUGACAUUAUAUACAUGAGCUAUAUAAUCAGCAGUCUAUCCUAUAUGCUGCCAAAAUAUAUGUACGUUGCUGGCCAAAUUCAGUAGUGAUCUAUAAAUCAGGCUUUGGAGCUUUUCAGGUGUUGAGGGGCACUACAAGUGCCAAGCGUGCCUGCUCACUGGGCAUUGUAACUCCACAACAGCUGGACAGCUGCAGGGUGCCUACCUCUAAAUCGUUAAUGUGUUCUACUGCCUUAAGUCACCCCACCCCCCUCCUCCCAGCUUGUGUUCCUGUGGAUAACAUGCCUAACGUUAAUGAUAUUGAAUAUUGUGAUAUUGUCGCAGUGGGACGUCUGCGCGCCGCAGCCCACACCAUGGCCUUACAUGUCUUCUGUUCGUCAAACCUGUGUAAUCCGACCGUCUGUAUCUGGGAGGGGAGGAGGCAUUGUAUUUUGUCUAAAGCGAUAUAUAUAUAUAUCUCUAAAUCUUAGUUUUGUGUCAAUAUUAAUGGAAGGGGCAGAUGGGCGAGGAGGGGAACUGCAAGAAAAACA